AAAAAAUGGAUCCACAAAGAUCAGUUCGCAGCAGCGGCGGCGGCAAUCACAAUACGAUCAGGGCGGCGAUAAUGGCGGUGGUGAUGAUUGUCUUCGCCGGCUACCUCUUCUUGUGGGUGAUGUUGCCCACUAAUCCCUACCGCCUCAAGUGGCAGCCUAAGCUUCGAACACAAACUGCUUCCACUUAUUUCGGAACCACCCAUGGUGCAACUUACUUGGUGUUCACGUUUCCGGUUCUACUGAUUGCCGUCUUAGGGUGUGCGUAUGUUCAUCUAGGAAAAAAAUCGAGUGACAACCACACCAAAGGGAAAAAUGGAAAUAAUCACAGGCUGGCAAUAUUGAAGAGGCCCAUGAUUAUAAAAGGAUUGGGAAUAGUGUCUCGAAUUGAGAUUGCAUUUUUUCUAAUGUUUAUUGCUCUUCUUAUUUGGAGUUUUGCAACAUAUUUACGUAACAGCUUUGCUACCAUUACACCAAAAUCAGCUGCCAAAAAGGGUGAAGAAGUAUGGGAAGUGAAGCUAGACUCGGCGUCGCACCGGUUAGCGUUUAUCGGAAACAUAGCAUUUGCGUUUUUGUUCUUCCCGGUGACACGUGGCUCGUCUGUGCUGCCGCUAUUCGGGCUUACGUCAGAGGGUAGCGUUAAAUACCACAUAUGGUUGGGCCAUAUUGUUAUGACCCUUUUUACGGCUCAUGCCUUUGGUUACAUCAUCUAUUGGGCAAGCGUACAUGAAUUGUCCGAGAUGCUGGACUGGCCAAAAACCGGAGUAUCGAAUCUGGCCGGAGAGAUAUCUUUCGUGGCGGGAAUAAUCCUGUGGGCCACCACAUUCCCCCGAAUAAGGAGAAAAAUGUUCGAGUUGUUCUUCUACACACACCACAUGUACAUUCCCUUUGUCGUCUUCUUCAUCUUCCACGUCGGAAUCAACUACGCAUCCAUGAUGCUCCCCGGUUUUUUCCUCUUCGUUAUCGACCGUUACCUCCGAUUCUUGCAAUCUAGGUCGCACGUUCGUCUCUCGUCCGCUAGGGUUCUCCCUAGUCAAGUUGUCGAACUCAACUUCUCAAAGACCAAAGGUUUGAGUUACACUCCGACAAGCACGAUUUUCUUGAAUAUCCCGAGCAUUUCGAAGAUGCAGUGGCAUCCAUUCACAAUUAGCUCAAGCAGCAAUCUUGAGUCUGAUAACCUAAGUGUCAUUAUCAAAGGAGAAGGUAAAUGGUCUAAUAAGCUCCACCAAUUGCUCACUUCUUCGAUCGAUCGUCUCGAUGUUUCUAUCGAAGGUCCCUACGGGCCUACUUCAACAGAUUUCCUAAGGCACGAGCUUUUGGUGAUGGUUAGUGGAGGAAGUGGUGUAACCCCAUUUAUAUCAAUCAUCCGCGAACUAAUCCACACGAGCGAAAAUUUGAAAUGCAAAACACCCGAAAUUAUACUAAUUAGUUCAUUCAAGAACUCAAACGACUUAACCAUGCUCGAUUUAAUCCUCCCUCUAUGCGGUGCUCCAUCAGAGUUUCCGAAUUUGGAUUUAAAAAUCGAGGCAUACGUAACAAGAGAGAAAGGGGCCCCACACGAAGAACAAGAAAAGACGAAAACUCGUACCGUGUGGUUCAAGCCCAACCCAUCCGAUGCACCGAUAUCUCCUGUUUUAGGUCAAAACAACUAUUUGUGGCUCGGUGCUAUAAUCUCGUCUUCCUUCAUCAUUUACCUUAUUUUCAUCGGUAUUUUGACGAGAUAUUAUAUUUUCCCAAUUGAUCAUAACACGAACAAGAAAUACUCGUCUACCUCUAGAGCUUUGCUCCACAUGCUAUUCCUAUGCAUUGGAGUAUUUAUCGCUGCAACUUCGGCUUUUUUGAUGAACAAAAAUAAAAAUGCAAAGGAGAAAAAUAUACAAAUACAGAAUAUGGAGGGGCCCACACCUCAAGCAUCUCCGAAUUCUGUAUUUUAUAAUGCCGAUAGAGAGUUGGAGAGCUUGCCUCAACAGUCGAUUUCGCAAUCGGUUAAUUUGCAUUAUGGCGAAAGACCGGAUCUUAAGAAAUUUUUAUUUGAGCGAAAAGAAUCGAGCGUUGGAGUACUCGUUUGUGGUCCGAAGAAGAUGAGACAUGAGGUGGCAAAUAUAUGCUCAUCUGGUUUGGCUGCUAAUCUGCAUUUUGAAUCCAUCAGCUUCAGUUGGUGAUUUUUCAUUAAACUUUUUUUUUAGUGCAAAAGAGAAUGUUGUGACUGUAGUUUUUUUUUUUUGGUUUCUUGGUAAUUUUUCUGUUCUUGUUUUUUGUUCACUGCAUUUGCUUGAUUGAUUUAUUGAAAUGUAAUAUGUAUAUUAAAUAGGAAGAUAAGUGCUUCCUUUGUGAAAAAAAUGAAACAUGAAUAAAACAGUCACUCUUUUUUUCUUGUCCAGUGAACACUUUCUUGUAAUAGAAAUACACACUAUUAGCUAGUAUUCGAGAGUGUAGGU